CAAGUUAGUUAUAUGGCAGUUACAGCCUGGCUUUUCUGACCGGCGGGUGGUUCUCUUCCUCGACUUUUGAUUGUGUUGAUUUCCUCCCGGAAUCCCAGCCGCCAUGUCCGGGAUAUUCAGGCUGCUGGACGCGCACCUCGCCCGGGGCUUUCUUACGCGUCUUCAUCCUUUCAGGUCUUUUUCAUGCACGUCCGCCAGACAGGAUGAGCAAAGUGAGGCAUGGUCCGUGUUGGGCAAGCGGUGGAAGGACACGGCUGAGACUGUGGUCAUCGGGGGAGGGUGCGUGGGCGCCAGCUUGGCCUACCACCUGGCUAAGGCCGGCAUGAAGGACGUGGUGCUGCUGGAGAAGUCGGAACUGACGGCCGGAUCCACGUGGCAUGCAGCCGGCCUGACCACCUACUACCAUCCAGGCAUCAACCUGAAGAAAGUCCACUAUGACAGCAUUAAGCUCUACGAGAGCCUGGAGGCCGAGACUGGACAGGCGGUGGGCUUCCACCAGCCGGGCAGCGUCCGCAUCGCUUCCACGGCGGCCCGGGUGGACGAGAUGAGGUACCAGAUGACCCGCACCCACUGGCACGUGACGGAGCAGUCCAUGAUCGGACCAGAGAAGGUCCAGGAGCUCUUCCCUCUCCUCAACAUGGACAAGGUCUUGGCGGGUCUGUACACGCCAGGGGACGGCCACAUAGACCCGUACUCCCUGACCAUGGCUCUGGCCACGGGGGCUCGAAUGUAUGGCGCUCAGAUCUACAACCCGGCGCCUGUCACGGGACUCAAGCCCACAGCGGACGGCAAAUGGGACGUGCAGACGCCUCACGGAAGCAUCCGGGCCAAUCGCAUCGUCAAUGCCACAGGUUUCUGGGCGCGGGAGGUUGGCAAAAUGAUCGGAUUUGAGCAUCCUACCAUCCCAGUCCAUCACCAGUACGUGGUGACAGCGACGGUGCCGGAGGUGAAGGCUUUGAAGAAGGAGCUGGCCGUCAUCCGAGACCUGGAGGGUUCCUACUACCUCCGCCAAGAAAGAGACGGCCUUCUCUUUGGACCCUAUGAGAAAAUGGAGAAGAUGGUUCUGCAGGACUCUUGGGUCAGAGAUGGAGUACCCCCAGGUUUUGGCAAGGAGCUGUUUGAGUCAGACCUGGACAGGAUCAUGGAGCAUGUAGAAAUGGCCAUGGAGAUGGUUCCUGUGCUGAAGAAGGCCGACAUCAUCAACAUUGUGUCAGGUCCAAUCACGUACACCCCGGACCUGCUGCCCAUGGUCGGACCCCAUCAAGGAGUCCCCAACUACUGGACCGCUAUUGGAUUUGGGUAUGGCGUUAUCCACGCCGGCGGAAUCGGAAAAUUUCUGAGUGACUGGAUCAGAAACGGUGAGCCUCCCUAUGACCUGAUCGAGUGCGACCCCAACCGCUACGGAAAGUGGACAGACGUGCCCUUCUUGUGCGCCAAAGCUCGAGAAUCCUACGGCUUCAACAACGUUGUCGGAUACCCGAAAGAAGAGCGCUUCGCCGGUCGUCCAACCACGCGUACUAGCGGCGUUUAUGAUCUCCUGAAGGACAAAGGAUCCAUGGGAUUCCAUGCGGGCUGGGAGCAACCCCACUGGUUCUACAAAGCGGGAGACGACAGCGGAUACAAGCCCAGCUUCAGGCGCACAAACUGGUUUGGACCCGUGGGCCGAGAGUGCAAACUGGUGAUGGAGAAGGUGGGCGUGAUAGACCUGACCCCCUUUGGCAAGUUCACAGUGAAGGGGAAGGACUCUCAGAAGCUGCUGGACCGCCUGUUUGCCAACACCAUGCCAAAGGUGGGCCAGACGAACAUCAGCCACAUGUUGACGCCCACUGGCAGAGUCUACGCCGAGGUCACCAUCACUCAGUUGGCGCCGGGAGAGUUCUUGCUCAUCACCGGCUCCGGAUCGGAGCUGCAUGAUCUCAGGUGGAUCGAAAGCGAGGUGGCACUAGGCGGCUACGAGGUGGACAUCGCCAACGUGACGGAAGACAUGGGCGUGCUGGGCAUCGCGGGGCCGAACUCCCGCAAGGUCCUUCAGAAGCUGACAAAAGAGGAUAUGAGCGACGCAGGAUUUAAAUUCCUCCAGUGCAAAUCCAUCCAGUUGGCCGGCAUUCCACUCCGUGCCAUCAGGAUCUCCUACACUGGUGAACUGGGAUGGGAGAUGUACAUGGCCCAGAAGGACAUGGCGGCCGUAUAUCAAGCCAUCAUGGACGCGGGCAAAGAUGAGGGCAUCGACAACUUUGGCACUUACGCCAUGUCUUCGCUCAGACUGGAGAAAGGCUUCAGGGGAUGGGGAGCUGAGAUGAACUGUGACACCAAUCCUUUGGAGGCGGGGCUGGACUAUUUCAUCAAACUCAAUAAGCCCGCCGACUUUAUCGGCAAGGCGGCCCUUCAGGAGAUCAAAGCCAAAGGCCUGACAAGGAAGUUGUCCUACAUCACAGUGGACACGCACGACAUCGACCCCGAGGGCAACGAAACGGUUUGGCACAACGGCAAGGUGGUGGGCAACACCACGUCCGGCGCCUACAGCUACAGCUCCCAGCAGAGCCUGGCGUUCGCCUACCUUCCCGUGGAGCUGUGUUCCGUGGGCCAGAAGGUGGAGGUGGAGCUGCUGGGCAGGAAGUACCCAGCCAUGGUCAUCCAGGAGCCGCUGGUCCUCACCGAGCCCACGCGGACCCGUUUGCAGAAGAAAGCAAAGAGCAAAGCAUAAUGACUGCGAGAGUGGCAAUGAAGAUCGAGCCUGCUGCGAUGCCGUGAGACUGUGGGGUCCAUUUCCAUUUCAAGACCCGUUUAGUGCCACGUCCCCCUUUCACUUUGCUUUUUUUCUUUCAUGGAACAGGAGUGCCAUAAAUGUCUUUUGGUGCAUGCCAAGCACACAAUGUCUUAAAGUGUUGCUAGUCUGAUUUCAUUUGUGUGAUUCCAAUGUUUACAUUUUACAACAUGAAAAGAAAAAUUAAGGAAAUAAUUUAAAGAAAAUGUACUCAGGUCCCAUAACUACUGAAUUAAAGAUUUGUAUAAAGUUUUUUUAAUCAAUAUAUAUGUUUUUAGAAAUAUGCAAUAAAUACACUGCCUUGUA